GGCGCGCGGGCAGCCGCACGACCAGGUCGCGCCGCUGCUGCCCUCCUGGAGCACGGACCCAGGCGGACCGCGCUCCGGGGCCUGCUUCGUGACCUUCGCGGAGCACGGGGAGGACCUGGAGAACGACGAGCCUCCCACGCACCGGGGCUCGGCCAGAUCCGAUGGGACCAUCUACUCGCCGCAGUCCUCUGGCCGCGGGCCGCCGCCGCAGACCUCCGGCCGCGGCGGCCGCCUGGGCGCGGGCGCCGCCUCGCUGCGCUUAGCGCAGCAGGUGGCCUUCAAGACGGCGUCCCCAGAGGACAGCACCGCUACGGCGAGCGGGUACUCCCCCCAGUGGUCGAGUGCUGCUUCGGGGCUUGGUGAGCGGGAGUUCAGCUACAACUGAUCUCGCCCGAGCCUGCCGCAUGCGGCCCGCGCCGCGCCUCUCUGCCCUCUUGACCGCACUCCUCGUCCGC